AAUUUAACCGCUGGGGGAGGGGCAGUCCGGACAUGGUUGAGAGUUUCUCCAUUAGUGUGUUGUGGUCAGUGGAAGAACCUUGGUCAGAGGCGUCCUGGAACCUGCCCGCCCGAGCCGAUCGGGGUGGAACCGACACUGUGGCUGGUAGGGAUCCGCUUUUCCCGUCCAUUCAAGGACAUCGCCGAGAGGCCCCAAAGAUCACGUCUGUUCUGAGACCCGGCGGCGCAGCCUCAUGGACCCUCAAAGACACAUAGGAGUUCAAUACAAGGGAUGUGGAAGGUGACAAGCGGUACCAAUAUGAACCUUCAAACUCAUCUCGCCGGUGUUCCCUUUCACUCCGAGUGCCGAUCACAUUGCCACUGCUGGGCCACGACUUGCAGGAUCAUGCCUGGAAGCUGCCUUUCCCUGUCUACACAGGCCAAAUAUACACCCUCUUAAAUCCCAGUUGUGCAAUCACAUAGACCAUGGGCGACUGGAACCUGUUGGGAAAGCUCCUGGAAAAUGCCCAGGAGCACUCCACCGUGGUGGGCAAGGUGUGGCUCACGGUCCUGUUCAUCUUCCGCAUCCUGAUCCUGAGCGCCGCCACAGAGAAGGUGUGGGGCGACGAGCAGUCGGGCUUCACCUGCGACACCAAGCAGCCCGGUUGCGAGAACGUCUGCUACGAUAUCACUUUCCCCAUCUCCCACGUUCGCUUCUGGGUGCUGCAGAUCAUCUUCGUGUCCACGCCGACGCUGAUCUACCUGGGCCACAUCCUUCAUCUGGUGCGCAUGGAGGAGAAGCAAAAGGAGAAAGAGAAGAAUCAUCCGCCAGACAAGCCGACCCUUGUCGCGGAUGCCCGCAAGCACAAAAAGGCCCUGAUGAGGGACGAGAAAGGACACGUGCGCCUGCAGGGGGAACUACUGCGCACAUAUGUCUUUAAUGUCAUUUUUAAGACCCUCUUUGAGGUGGGCUUCAUUGUAGCCCAGUACCUGUUGUACGGAUUUGACUUGAAGCCCAUGUACACGUGCAACAGGCCGCCAUGUCCCAACCCGGUCAACUGCUACAUCUCCCGACCCACCGAGAAAACCAUCUUCAUCAUCUUCAUGCUGGGUGUGGCCAGUCUUUCCCUCUUACUCAACCUCAUUGAGAUCUACCACCUGGGCUUCACCAAGUGCCGCCAAGGCAUGACCUUCAGGAGAGGGAACCAGUCACCCGAGACCAUGUCCAAGGGGCAGAGUGACACCGAAGCGCCGUUCGGCCCGACGUAUAACUACUUCCACGAGCAUCGCCCUCCCAGCUACAACCUCUCGCCGCUGUCCGGGGGCACCGACUCGUCCUUUCACCCUUGUAACAGCAAAGCGGCCUACAAACAGAAUAAGGACAACUUGGCGGUGGAAAGGAGCGGUAGCAAGCUGGAGGAAUGUGACCUGAAAGGCCAGAAGCAAGGAUCUGCCGCGGGGUCACCCACGCAGAGCAGGCAAGGCCGCAGUGCCAAGUACGGCAACAACAAGACUAGAAUAGAUGAUCUCAAGAUAUGAGACGUUGACAUCAAGGGGCUGAACGCUCUGUGGAAAAAUUUCUUCAUGGCGCAGGCUUGACUCAUUCCAAGUAAGACUUUCAUGGUCCACAACACUGAUUUUGUCAAACAUUUCAUUCACAAUAGAUGCAGGAAUACCACAUAGUCAACUUUUUGAGAAAACACAGUCCAGUGGAACCUCUAAAGUCAGACACAAGACUAACUAUCGAAUCAUUUCUCCAUAGAAACAACAUUUUUUGGAACUGAUUAUGAAAAGUAAACCACUGUAAAAUAAAACUUUCAAACACAAAGGUAAAGCCUAACUAAACAAAUAGUACACUUAAUGGUAAUAUUGUUUCUGGAAUGAUACAAUGAAAAAUAAUUAUUCUAUAUCGUACGCCCCAGUCCAUCACAGGCAUUACAUUCCAGAGCACCCCAGCAAUAAGUGAAAUCUGAUUUAAAAUAUGUUCCAUUUAAAUAAUCUCGAGGCAUGUUUUAUAGCACUUAUGAAACAUUUUAAUGAGGGAAUCAAAGACACAUUAAAAUAAUGCAAACAUAUUUACAAACAUUUAAUAUACUGACAGGGCACAAGUGUAAUGACAAAAUUUUUGCACAGUGUACCAAUUUGUACGCCUGUGAAGUAAACAAAUACCUUUAUUUUUUUUCAUACUGACAAACUUACCAUAGCCCAAGAUACAUAAAGAUGUCCAUUAUAGAAUGAACCUCCAGCUAUUGCUUGCUGAAGGCGGAACAGAAGAUGGGAGCAGAUUGAGACGUUCACCUAGCUCUGUUUUCAUUCUCCUUCUUUCAAACGUACAGUGUUAAACAAGUGUGCCACCAUCUACUGGCGAAGAGUGGAUUUACACUAAAAAUAAAGAAAAUAGAGUUAGAGCAGGAGAAAGAGAGUGAUUGAAGGGGAGUUCAUAUUGUACUGAGCAGACAGAUAUUUCUCCUACGUCACUGUAGCUGUUUAGACAUGACUGAUAUCGAGCCAUCACAAAAAUCCACCCUAUAAACGCAAGCAAGAAAAAAAAAAAACAGAAUCAAGCUUCGAGAGCUGAAGGGUCGCCGGCGCUGAGCGUGUCUUGUAUGCUGAUGAAGGUUUGCAUUCCUGAGUUUUAUUUGACUUUGCAACUUUGGAGGUUUCACUGUACUUAUAAUCAGUUUUUCCUAACUUUUAUUGUUGUGUGAAAUUAAAGUCCCUGUAAAGCAAAAUUGAAAAUAAACUCUUAAAUUUGAUACUCCACAGAGAACCCCGCCAAAGUGGAGUGAUUUAAAAGAUUGUGUGAAGAAGUGUAUAAAAACGAUUGCCCCCUAUUUAUCAUCAGCCCUACGCCUUAGACAAUUAAGGCGGACAACAAGGCACUCUAAAGAGGUUAUGCUAGUCAAAUACGCAGUCCACACACUGACAAUUGAGUCAGAUUUUCUUUCUAGGUAGUCUUAGUCGCUGUUCCUCUCACAACAAGGCGCGCUAACAUGGCCAUGCCAACAGGCUAUCGCAAUGUACGCAGCUCGCAUGUUGCGCUUUUGUUGAAUCAAGGUGAAAAACAGUUUAUACCUGCAUGAUUUGAUACUACUCAGAUGUAAGUCCUUGCACAGGUUUUCGGCAGUUAUCUUAAACAUCUCUGAUGUAUUAAAAAAGUUUAAAUUUGCUUUACACGGUCUUUAACUAAUUCGUGAACACUUUCUACCACUGACCGAGAUCACUUUGACGGAUAGCACAAAAAUUCAGUGACAUAAAGGUCUGCUCAGGUUUUUGAUCCAUUUUUGUUUUACACUCCAUGUAAAAAAAAAAAAAAAGCCUCCCGUCACUAAUUCCGCAGGAAAGAUUUGUUUAUUUCUGACCUAAUGAACUUGAUGAACUAAGACAGGGUGAACUUUUUCCAGUGUCAGCAUCCACCAUAGUUGACAAGUGUAAUGUUGUGAAAUAAUUGGCACUGGUCAAAACACCGUAUCCAAUUCCAGGACGUGCCUGAGUAGAGAUUGCUUCGUCUCAGGAGUUUCCAUUUUUGUAAAGUGUCAUAAUUUCAUCACCGAGCAAAAACAUCACCCAAAGCCGAAUUGUUUGUAUUUCAGUUUGUUAUUUGCUGUAAAGUACUUGGUGACAUUCAUCUUUACACAUAAUUAUGUAAAUAAAGGUGUCUUAAUCAUGUCA